AUGGUUGGUGGUGGCAGUGGUGAUAGUGAUGACAACAACGACGGUGUUGGUUGUGUUGGUGGAAAUGGUUGUGGAGGGCGAUCGUGGAGAGUGGUCGUAGCAAUGGUGGAGGUUGGUGUGGUAGCGAUAGUGGAGGCUGCUGCCACAGCUGGUCAGCCUGGUGCUUCGCCAACGCCAAUCCCACUUACUAAGUUGAAUGCACCCUUAAGUACCAUUUUAAGGGCGGUUGGACAGACCAACGUUGUGCAGUACCCACCACCCCCACGGCGGCCGCCAGCUAACGUGGACACCAAUAGGUGGUGCGAGUACCACAGAGCGUUGGGGCAUACGACAGAUAAUUGCUGGAAUUUAAGGCGGGAAAUUGAUCGCUUGAUUAAAGCUGGCCAUUUGGCAAACUUUGUCAAAGACACAGCAGCGCCGGAGGUAGCUAAAAUCACUCAAGGGGACAAAGGUAAAGGUAAAGAGAUAGUUGAAGAGUUGGGCGAUCCUGUUGGGGAAUGCUCAUCUAUUGCAGGAGGAUUUGGCGGGGGUGCAAUUUCAAGUAAGGCUAGAAAACGCUACGUGGCGGCAGUACACUCAGUACAGGAGUCGAACGAAGGCGAGUGUUGGGUGAAUCAUUCCCCUAUUAUAUUCACCCCUCAGGAUUUUGCGCAUGUAAUUCCCCAUGACAACGAUCCAAUUGUGGUAACAAUUAGGGUUAACAAUUAUGUGACAAAGAAAGUAUUCUUAGACCAGGGAUCUUCGGCAGAUAUCAUCUAUGGAGACGCCUUUGAUCGCCUGGGACUAAAGGAAUCAGAUUUGAAACCAUACAGGGGAACUUUGGUGGGAUUCACAGGAGACCGUGUCAGUGUGCGGGGAUACGUCGAAAUUCCGACUGCCUUUGGAGAAGGAGAGUUUGUCAAGAAGUUUCAAGUAAAGUACUUAGUAUUGGCGUGUAGAGCCAAUUACAACGUACUCUUGGGGCGAGACACCCUCAACAAGGUCUGCGCGGUCAUCUCAACUGCUCAUUUAACUGUUAAAUAUCCCGCCUGCAACGGGAAGGUCGGGAUAUUGCGUGUAGACCAGAAUGCAGCAAGGGAAUGCUAUUUGAGGAGCGUGGCGCUCUAUGGGCGGAAGGCCGCCAAGGAGAGCCACCGAAUUACAGAAAUCUUCCCACAAGAAGGAUUUAGCUUGGACCCAAGAGAUGAUGCUGAUGAUUUUCGCCCACAACCGCUGGAAGAAACCAAGCAGGUGCAAGUCAAGGACAAGUUUCUAAAGAUUGGCAGUGGUUUGACAACAGAACAAGAGGACAGACUAAUCACCCUUCUGGGUGAUAAUCUAGAUCUCUUCGCAUGGACCAUCAAUGAUGUACCAGGGAUUGAUCCCAAGGUGAUCACUCACAAACUAGCCAUACGACCAGGGGCGACCCCGGUCAUCCAACCAAGGCGAAGAAUGAGUGAAGAAAAGAACAAGGCUGUACAAGUAGAGACUGAAAAAUUGAUCAAGGCCCGCUUCAUCCGUGAGGUACAGUACCCAACGUGGCUCGCCAAUGUUGUAAUGGUCAAGAAGGCCAAUGGGAAAUGGCGAAUGUGCACGGACUACACGAGCCUGAACAAAGUGUGUCCCAAAGAUUCGUACCCACUUCCCAAUGUUGACAAGCUUGUGGAUGGAGCUUCAGGGAAUGAACUUUUAAGUCUCAUGGACGCUUAUUCGGGCUAUAAUCAGAUUAUGAUGCAUCCCUCGGAUGAGGAAAGUACAGCAUUCAUGACCAAUCAGGCGAACUAUUGUUACAAGACAAUGUCUUUUGGUUUGAAGAAUGCAGGAGCUACGUACCAACGGCUCAUGGACAAAAUUUUUUCAAAGCAAGUAGGCAGGAAUAUGGAGGUGUAUGUGGAUGACAUGAUUGUAAAAUCCGCCAGGGCUAGUGAUCAUGGCGGCGACCUUAUGAUUCAAAUACAAACUAAUCACAUAUGA